AUGCCUUCUGAUGUUCCCCUCGCAGAUGAGUUGGAAGAUCUAGCGGCCGCCAACACCAUCUGCGCUCUUGCUGAAUUCGAUGACCACGUGAGACCGGAUGCUGGGAGCUUGUGGCCUGAGUACUUAACAAAUCUGAAGAACGCCAUCGCAUCGGCAGCUCCAUAUCUCGACGACUCCGCCACCAUUGAUGCUAUCAAUGAGAUGGUUGAAACUUGUGCAGAAGAUGUAUCGUUGAGAACUGCGUCGUCACCACCAUCACCACUCGACUCGCAUGGAUAUACCAGCUUCGGUAGCACACGGGACGAUGACAUAUGGGCCGGUUUUGUGACAGCAUGCGAGUCCCGGGGAGUCCUCAAACAUCAACUGGUGAAGUUCUCUGGCCUGCUCGAUGCGCCUGCUAUGUUCGAGCUUCAUUAUCCUCCGGAACGAGUGAACGAAACUCGGUUACUGUCGGUCGUCGAGCAGCGUAACAGUUGCCUCUAUCUUUACUUCUCGAAGCUCGGUCUGUCAAUGAAGAAUCCUGAAGCCAACAUCUGCUGGACCGAGCGAUUUUAUGCAAAGACCAGUACCGUAGCGCGGGAAAUGGAUGCAGCGCGGCCCUAUCGUGCUGUACACGAAAACGAGUUACUCGUUGAGAACGAACGACUUCGAACCAGCAUGUCCAGGCACUCAAGAUACCGAGUGAAAGUCGUCGUCACUGAGGUCACCGUCAAGGAAGACAUUGAGCGCGCACAGAAGGACAAGGACAUCCUGUUUACCCUGCCAACUCGCGACAACGAUUGGGUCCCGAUCUACAAUCAGCCAUAG